AUGGCGGGACUGUUCAUUGCCCCCAAUACCCCGCCCUCAUUUCCUCAACUGGUCGCAGUGGACGGCCAGGAGUACUACGAGGGCUACAAAAAGUCGACCACUACAGCAAAAGGUCGAACACUACAGCAAAAGGUCGGUCAAUACAGCAAAGGGUCGGUCAAUACAGCAAAAGGUCGGUCACUACAGCAAAAGGUCGACCACUACAGCAAAAGGUCGGUUAAUACAGCAAAAGGUCGGUCAAUACAGAAAAAGUCGACCACUACAGCAAAAAGUCGACCCAGCAAAAGUCGACCACUACAGCAAAAAGUCGACCCAGCAAAAGUCGACCACUACAGCAAAAAGUCGACCACUAGAGCAAAAGGUCGGUCAGUACAGCAAAAGGUCGACCACUACAGCAAAAAGCCGACCACUACAGCAAAAGGUCGGUCAAUAAAGCAAAAGGUCGGUCAAUACAGCAAAGGGUCGGUCAAUACAGCAAAAGGUCGACCGCUACAGCAAAAAGUCGGUCAAUACAGCAAAAAGUCGCCCACUACAGCAAAAGGUCGACCACUCGGUCAAUACAGCAAAAGGUCGGUCACUACAGCAAAAGGUCGACCACUACAGCAAAAAGUCGCCCACUACAGCAAAAGGUCGACCACUACAGCAAAAAGCCGACCACUACAGCAAAAGGUCGGUCAAUACACCAAAAGGUCGGUCAAUACAGCAAAAGGGCGGUCAAUACAGCAAAAGGUCGACCACUACAGCAAAAAGUCGCCCACUACAGCAAAAGGUCGACCACUCGGUCAAUACAGCAAAAGGUCGGUCACUACAGCAAAAGGUCGACCACUACAGCAAAAGGUCGAUAAAUGCACCAAAAAGUCGACCACUACAGCAAAAAGUCGACCACUAGAGCAAAAGCAAAAGGUCGACCACUACAGCAAAAAGCCGACCACUACAGCAAAAGGUCGGUCAAUACAGGAAAAGGUCGACCGCUACAGCAAAAAGUCGGUAAAUACAGCAAAAGGUCGGUCAAUACAGGAAAAGGUCGACCGCUACAGCAAAAAGUCGGUCAAUACAGCAAAAGGUCGGUCAAUACAGCAAAAAGUGGACCACUACAGGAAAAAGUCGACCACUACAGCAAAAGGUCGGUCAAUACAGCAAAAGGGCGGUCAAUACAGCAAAAAGUCGGUCAAUACAGCAAAAGGCCGGUCAAUACAGCAAAAGGUCGGGCAAUACAGCAAAGGGUCGGUCAAUACAGCAAAAAGUCGGUCAAUCCAGCAAAAGGUCGGUCAAUACAGCAAAAAGGCGGUCAAUAAAGCAAAAGGUCGGUCAAUACAGCAAAAAGGCGGUCAAUACAGCAAAAAGUCGGUCAAUCCAGCAAAAGGUCGGUCAAUACAGCAAAAGGUCGGUCAAUACAGCAAAAGUCGACCACUACAGAAAAAAGUCGACCACUACAGCAAAAGGUCGGUCAAUACAACAAAAGGUCGACCACUACAGCAAAAAGUCGGUCAAUACAGCAAAAGGUCGGUCAAUACAGCAAAAAGUCGACCACUACACCAAAAAAGUCGACCACUACAGCAAAAGGUCGGUCAAUACAGCAAAAAGUCGACCACUACACCAAAAAAGUCGACCACUACAGCAAAAGGUCGGUCAAUACAGCAAAAGGUCGGUCAAUACAACAAAAGGUCGACCGCUACAGCAAAAAGUCGGUCAAUACAGCAAAAAGUCGGUCAAUACAACAAAAGGUCGACCGCUACAGCAAAAAGUCGGGCAAUACAGCAAAAGGUCGGUCAAUACAGCAAAAAGUCGACCACUACAGCAAAAAGUCGACCUCUACAGCAAAAUGUCGACCUCUACAGCAACAAGUCGACCACUACAGCAAAAAGUCGGUCAAUACAGCAAAAGGUCGGUCAAUACAGCAAAAAGUCGACCACUACAGCAAAAAGUCGACCACUACAACAAAAAGUCGACCACUACAGCGAAAAGUCGACCACUACAGCAAAAAGUCGACCACUACAGCAAAAGGUCGACCACUACAGCAAAAGGUCGACCACUAAAGCAAAAGGUCGACCACUACAGCAAAAAGUCGACCACUACAGCAAAAGGUCGGUCAAUACAGAAAGUUCGAGCAAAAUGGUACAAAGUCGGUCAACACAGAAAAGUCCUGUCGGACAGAGAGAAAUCAGCAGACUGCAUUAA